GCUGGGACACGCAGCAGGGACUUCGCAAACUCUGCAGAAGUCCCUGGCUGAUCGGGGAGGCUUGAGGCUGUGGGAAGGCUCUGGCAGAACCGCAGACCUUAGACAUGCAGAUUCCCCGUGGUCUGGAGAUCCCAGACUUUCUCUAACAACCCCACCUGCAGAGCAUCCCUGAGCGCACCGCACACCCAGGAAUUGUGGGGCCACUUGGCCGCUGGGGAGCUGUGAACCUUGGGUCUGGGAAAUCCGCGCCCAGGGAAGCCUUGGAGAGUCACGGAGCACGGGGCAGACCCUGGGGCUGUGGGAUGAGCUGGAGAGCCAGCUGAGGUCGCCGAGGAGCGGGUCCAGCCACCACAGGGGACAUGGCAUCUUGGCUCUGGAGAAGGCUGCGUGGCAAGAGGCGGUUGGUGAUGGCAUUCUGCCUCUUGAUGACUCUGACUGUGGUGACUGUCACCCGCUUCCCCCCACAGCAUCCAGCCACUGGUCCAGAUGCGGGUCCCAUGGAGCCCCAGGGUGUCACUGGAGCCCCUGGCCCCCACAGCUGGCAGGCUCUGAGUUCCAGCUGGAGGCAGCAGGCCAGAGACCUAGAGGUCUGGAGGGGUUGGCCCUCGCCUAGGAAUUCCAUCCCCGUGUGUGCUAAGGAGCAAGGCCAUAGAGGGACAGUGGACAGAAGCAGAAGGUCCCUGAGAGGGGAUAGCAGGCAUCCAGGGAGGGUCAGGAGGGACAUGACUUUGGCCUCUCUAGGAGAUAUGAGAUUCAGUAGCUCACGUCUUGUGCUCCUGAGGGAUGAUGAGGACAGGAGUCCAAGAGCCAAAGACUUGAGUCCCCCCUGGCAUGACGAUCCCAUCGGAGAGGCACAGAAUGAGACUGGCACCCCAACUGGCCCUGUCACAGGACGCGGCAUGACAGCUUUACAGGCUUGGAGAGCUGCUGCUGGACUAACCCCACGGCCCUACCCAGCGGCAGUCAGGAAUCUGCCAGGAGCGAGGAACAGAGCCUUGACGGGUAGGCAACCAGCAGGGCAUCCUACCCCGGCUACAGGGGCUCGUCGGUGGCCUGUCUCUGUUGGGGAGCUGCAAGAAUCUGUCUGGUGUGAUGCCGAGCCCCCUGAGCUGUGGCGUAGCUUGAGGGCCAGUGGGCAGAUUCCCCCAUGGCUCACAGAGCAUGAUGUGCAAGCGCUCCAGCUGUUGGCCCAGGGGCAGGUGGUGGGCAAAGCCAGGGUCCCCGGCCACGGGCAGGUGCUGCAGGUCGGCUUCUCCAGUGAGGGUGCCCUUCCGAACAUGUCCUCUGGGCUCAGCCAUCUCUGCUCCCAGGGGCUCUGUGGCCUGAUCAAGAGGCCAGGGGACCUGCCAGAGGUCCUGUCCUUCCACGUGGACCGGGUGCUGGGGCUGCGCCGGAGCUUACCUGCCGUGGCCCGGAGCUUCCGCAGCUCCCUGCUGCCCUACCGAUACACGGAUGGCAGCCCCAGGCCUGUCGUCUGGUGGGCGCCGGAUGUGCAGCACCUGGGGGACCCAGACAAUGACCAGAACUCUCUGUCCUUGGGCUGGCUGCAGUACCAGGCCUUGCUGGCACACGGCUGUAGCUGGCCGAGCCAGGCCCCCUGCCCGCCCAUCCACCACACUGAGUGGGCCCGCCUGGCGCUCUUCGACUUCCUGCUGCAGUGCAUUUCCUCAAAGCCUGUUAGCUGGUCUGUUCACCCACAUCCCAAGCGGGGGCCACAACCUCUGAUCUCAGGCUUGGGACAGAUGCAGCAUCCAGAUGUUCCUUCCCGAAGCUUCCAGGAAUGAUUGCCCUUUGUCAGGACACAUGGGGAACACUCCAAGCAACAAAUGGAUUUUUCCUCUUGCCCCAAGCAAAGCAAGUCCUCCCACACCCAGACCUCUGGAGAUCUCACCUUCUGUCGUUAGCACUCCUCAAGGUAUUGUAUCAAACCGAAUUUCCUCCCUAUGAGGAAAAAAGGUGCAUCUCCUCCAGUGCACCCACCCUGUGACAGGCACUCCCUGCUGUCCCCAACCUCACCCUCUCUCUCAUCCACUUCCUAGCACACCCCAACCUUUUCCACACCACCUCCCCCUUCACCUCCCCCUUUCCUGUCUCUCUCCCUACAGCAAGACCCUGCCUCUCCCACCCAAGAGGACUCUGCCACUUCUCUUUUUAGGCCUCUCCGUUCUGGACCCCUUUGCGUUUGCUGCCCACAGCAGAUAACUUCUUCAAGUAGGUCAGGGCGGGGGCGGAUCCCUGUUUCUGUUUAAUUCCUGACUUGCAGGCUGCAACUCAUUCCUUCUGAAGAGAAUUCCUGGAAGCAGGUGAGUGGGAUUAUUAUGAGAAUCCUGUGACACUCUGAAAUGUCAUUUACACGUGUGUACGUAGGGGGUGGGAGGCAGAGCUCCUUGGAAUUGACCCCACAUCACGCUUGAGAAUUCCCACUCGAGGCAUCCAGUAAAAACCAAGCCUGUGAGGGGAAUGCCCUCCUCCCCCCUUGAUUUUGAUUCCGGCCUCCCCGCAGGGUGGGAGAGGUGUCCACUCCGGAGCUGUCUGGAUGGUCAUUAAAGCACGUUUAGCUCCACGGAAGGGAGGGAGCCCUGCUGCAGCACUGGCUGCUUAAACAAGGAGUGGAGUCCCAUGAGGAUUUCCCCCAGUACACGGAUGGUCAGCGCUGGGAAGCCCAGUGGCCUCAGGCCAGAGUUCGGUGGAAAGCCAUGCUGGCCUGAGGCAUGAGCCAGCAGCUCCUGGGGUGCACGGCGAGCUGGCUGGAGGAGCAGAGCAGAAGCUCCCUCUCUGGCCAGGGGCCAGCAAUGGGCUGACCGGCACUGACGGCCACCAAGGACUGCCCCCAGCACAAGGUCCCCUGGGCCAGGCCGCCUGAGUGCUGGGCCCUUGGGGCAGGCCGACCCUGAACCGCACCCCUCACAGGCUGGGUGUCCUCGCAGGUGCACGACCGCCUAGACCGCUACUGCUGCGGCUUUGAGCCCGAGCCGUCGGACCCCUGUGUGGAAGAGAGGCUCCGAGAGAAAUGCCGGAACCCAGAGGAG